GAAAUUUGACAUCUUAUGUUUAGCUUUGCUGUGUCAUUUGGAAUAUUGUUGGACUUAGAAUUUGCUAAACUUUUCCAUAUUAUAUUUAAAGAAUUAUCUAGCAAGCAUGGCUUCCGAACGCUACAGCUUUUCGUUAACCACUUUCAGUCCAUCAGGUAAAUUGGUUCAAUUAGAAUAUGCUUUGGCAGCAGUUGCUGCUGGAGCAACGUCAGUAGGUAUCGUUGCAUCUGAUGGUGUUGUAAUUGCCACUGAAAAUAAGUACAAGUCACCUUUGUAUGAAGAGCAUAGCGUACACCGAGUUGAGCCCAUCACUGACCAUAUUGGAAUGGUGUAUUCCGGUCUUGUGCCAGAUUACCGCCCACUUCUUAAACGGGCACGUAAAAUGGCUCAACAGUACUACUUAGUUUACAAAGAACCUAUGCCCGUCUCACAAUUGGUACAGCAAGUUGCCAAUGUGAUGCAAGAGUACACACAAUCGGGAGGAGUGCGGCCGUUUGGUGUUUCCUUGCUGAUUUGCGGUUGGGAUUCGGGUAAACCAUAUUUGUUUCAAUGCGAUCCAACCGGCGCAUUUUUUGCUUGGAGAGCCACUGCAUUGGGUAAAAAUGCGCAAAGUUGUAAAACUUAUAUGGAAAAGAGAUUUAACUUGCAAUCAAAUAACUCCGUUUCCCAAUCGCUGGACGAUGCAGUUGUCGACGCUAUGCGUACACUAAAAGGUGGAUUUGAGGGCGUAAUGACUAAAGAUAACAUCGAAGUAGGAAUUUGCACCGAAAAGGGAUUCAGACGUCUCACGCCCACCGAGAUAGACGAUCACCUGUCUAAUGCAAACUAACGGUGGAUAUAUGAACAAAUAAUUCAUCAACCCUUCUAACUUAGAUAACUUCAACAAAAAUAAAACAAGUUACAAUAAACUUUAA